AUGUUUUUGGUCGAUUGGUUUUACGGUGUUCUAGCAUCGCUUGGGUUAUGGCAGAAAGAGGCUAAGAUCUUAUUCUUAGGUCUCGAUAACGCCGGCAAAACCACCUUGCUUCACAUGCUCAAAGACGAGAGAUUAGUCCAGCAUCAGCCAACACAGUAUCCAACAUCAGAAGAGUUGAGUAUUGGUAAGAUCAAGUUUAAGGCUUUUGAUUUGGGAGGUCAUCAGAUUGCUCGUAGAGUCUGGAAAGAUUACUAUGCCCAGGUAGAUGCAGUGGUCUACUUGGUGGAUGCCUAUGACAAGGAAAGAUUUGCCGAGUCAAAAAAGGAGCUAGAUGCUCUCCUGUCUGAUGAAUCAUUGGCAAAUGUCCCUUUCCUUGUCCUUGGAAACAAAAUAGAUAUUCCAUAUGCUGCUUCAGAAGAUGAGUUACGUUACCAUUUGGGCCUGAGCAACUUCACAACUGGCAAGGGUAAGGUAAAUAUGUCAGACUCAAAUGUCCGUCCCAUGGAGGUAUUCAUGUGCAGUAUUGUGAAGAAGAUGGGUUAUGGUGAAGGUUUCAAAUGGGUUUCUCAAUAUAUCAAAUAG